CGUCGAGCUGGCUCUGGUACGCCGAGAUGAGUGCGAUUCUGUCUCACCGCCCGAUGACAGAAGCUCAGGCGUACGGCAUUGACAGCCAUGUGGACACCGAAGGUGACGACAGUCGGACAGAUUUAAGCGAGGACGAGGAGCUACAGGCGAAUGAAAGUACCCCGGGAUCCUCAAGCGGAAGCAACACUCCUGUGCCACGGGCAAAGAGGCCACGACGGACGAGGAAUUCGGAGCUCGCUGAGAUCUUUGCAGAACAGCAAAACAGAACUGCAGAGACGCUACAGAAACAUACAGAGCUGAUAUUUGAACAGCAGAGGCAGCUUUUAGAAGAUGAGCAAAAAAAGCUCGGCGAUAUAAUGAGCACUAUAAGCACAUCGUUUUUGCAGGGCAGACAAGCAAUGAUGGCGCAGCUGCUGAGCCAACCACUGCAAGCUUACCCUCAGCCUCUGCAGAUAUACAGCCAGGCUCUACAGCAAGACAGCCAGCAGAGCAGGCUGUUUCAGUUUACGUGGCCAAUAUUCACCACUACACCAAGGAAUGACACUGCUCCAAGCAGCACCAAGGAAUGACAAGAUUUAAUUGGGCAAAAUAAAGUCAUUUUAUUUCACUGAAUAUGCCAAGCCGUGUU